AUGGUAUCGAUAGCCGCAUUACAGCUCAUUACGCGAUUGCUUACUCCUGCGGAUUGGGAGCGCUUCGAUUACUAUGCAGCGAAGAUCAAGGUGCUAGAUCUUUGCGUCCCUAUCCAUUGUCGUGACCCAUUCAAGAAUAAAGGCCAUCAUUACCUUUUUGGAAGACGACCGACACCUUUGCUAUUUCCCCAGCUGCGCAUCCUUACAUGGUCCAGCACAAGCGACACUCAUCUCGCUCCCCUUUUAGUUGGGGAGCAACUUGAGAGAUUGAGCGUCACCUUUAUCCCACUGGCACCCGGGCACCAUAAUAGGUCUCCAGAAGAUUUACAUGCUGUAUUUGGCCCUCUGCCACAGUUAAAACGCCUCCAUUUUUAUAUCAAUCGCCCUCAUGUAGUUCCCUUGCUGGCGUGGAAUGAUCUCCACUCAUCCGACAAACUAAAUGUGCUCCACGUCAACAUGAGGCUCCAUCCGGACGAUAUGGUCCGUUUAGCUCUCUUGCCAUCCUUACAAGAACUCCACUUCGUCGUGGAAUCCGGAGAGGAUCUCGUCCCGCUCUUGGCAGUCCGAGAUCAGCCCAUCUUUCCCUCCCUCCACACACUUUCUCUCAGCAAUUCCCGCCAACACAGUGGUGCUUCCGUCCGCUCAUGCACCGCUCUACUUCAAAAAAUUCGACCAGGUGUACUGCAGGACGUCGGCCUAGAAGUCUUGGGCCCAUCGUCGUCUCUCGUGCGCGACCAAUUUUUAUCUGCGUUGUGCAAUCAUUCUUCAACUCUGCAUAAAAUGCGCCUUGUUGACGUGCGAAUUGGCCACACGCAAUCCCUCCCUAUGGACGAUGUCUUCCGAGACCAUGACAUGAUCUCUCUUCUGCCUCUCACCAAUCUCACUCAUCUGCAACUUUCAUUUGUCUGUCAAUAUGAUCUGGGCGACGCUAUGUUGCUUCAGAUGGCAGCUAGCUGGCCUGCUCUGGAAAGCCUUAGAAUCAGCCACCGCACUGAUGUUGGCUGGAGACAGAGAUCGCGUGUGACAUUCCACGGGCUCGCUGGACUAGUCAAACUCUGUCCGUACCUAUGCGAGCUCACCUUAGCGAUGGACAUCUCACGGAUUGGUCCAGAACACGGGGAACUUGUGGGGAACCGGUAUGUAGCUACCAUCGAUCUCCUAGACUCUGCGAUUGUCACACAGGACGAUGAGGAUGUGCUCGCCAAUGCUGCGCGGUGCUUCGCAACACUGUUCCCCAAACUCGAAGAGAUCUUUUCCUCCAAUCCACUCUGGCAACUUAGAGCUGGGGAGCAGUGGCGUGCCUUCCUGGAUGCAGUGGAGGCAUGCUGGGCCGCAAUUGUGAACAGGAUCCGUGUUUUGGACCCGACCAGACGUCAUAUAGCCAGUCUGCACGACAAUCGCGGCGAUCCACGUCCGGGUGCUUUUGUGCAACCCCACAUGGUAUGCGGAUUGGGAUUGCACUAUAACUAG